AUGGACCAGACAGGACCACCAAAUCAGAACAGCCCUAUCGUCAUUGUGGGGGCUGGAAUAUUCGGCCUCAGUACAGCACUCCAUCUUUGCAAACGUGGUUAUAGCGAUGUCACUGUUCUUGACAAACAAUCCUACGAUGAGACUUUGUACUCAUACACCAAGGGCGCGGACGCCGCUUCUGCCGACAUCAACAAAAUCGUUCGGUCAGCAUACGGAUCACAAACGGAAUAUCAAGAUUUAUCUACCCAGGCAAUUGCUGAGUGGCAUACCUGGAAUACCGAGCUCAAAGGGGGCACUGUAGUACCGUCUGGAAUGUCCACCAAGGAUGCAGUCUUCGUGCCCAAUGGCAACAUUUCUCUAUCUACAUCUGUUGAGCUGCCAGCAUGGGAGCUUGCCUGUAUUGAUGGAAUGGAGAAAGCCGGAAACAAAGACACCCAGCUAGCUACGACCAUUCCUCGCCAUAAGGAGAUUGCGGUCCAGAAGGGACUUCAAUCAUUCAUGGACCCAUUUCAGAGAGAAAGACGCAGAAAAAACAACACCGGCGUGCUAGAUACCACAGGUGGCAUGGCUAUUGCAGACAAGGCCUGUCGGUUUGCGCUGCACAAGGCACGAAGCCUGGGAGCGAAGUUCAUUUUCGGCCAAGAGACUGGAUGUAUGAAGGAGCUGUGCUAUCAAAGUUCGAAGGUGAUUGGUGUCAAAACUCGGGAUGGGAAGACACAUUCAGCAGAGAUGACUGUUCUGGCCUGUGGUGGCUGGACACCUGUGCUACUGCCUGAGCUUGAUGGCCUAUGCGAGGCCACCGCAGGGAGUGUAAUACUUUUCAAGAUUCCUCGACAGUCACCUCUGUGGGAUCGACUAGGUGCAGAUCAAUUUCCGACCUGGAUGUGGAAUAUGCGGAACGGAGCUGAGGGUGGCUUGUAUGGAUUCCCGAGGGAUGAAAACGGUUGGUUUAAGGUUGGAUAUCGAGGAACGAAGUACACCAACCCGCUGCGCCAGGGAGAUGGCAGUGAGCGAAGCACGCCUGUGACACGAUGGUCAGCUGCCGAACAAGAUGGAAAUAUAUCUACGGGCGACAAAUUCACAUCUUUCCCACAACAAGCACAUCAAGUUCUCAUGGGCUUUUUGAAUGAAUACCUUCCAGAGUUAUCUGAAGAGGGGAUAGAUAUCUCCCUGACCAGAGUUUGCUGGUAUACUGAUACAUUUGACAACCACUUUGUUGUUGACCGUGUCGCCAAUAAACAAGGGCUUAUGGUCGCAACAGGGGGUAGUGGCCAUGCCUUCAAAUACCUUCCGAACAUCGGAAACUGGAUUGUCGAUAUAAUGGAGGGGGUUGGUAUGGAUCGACCAGCGGUUAAGGCAUGGCGGUGGAGAUCUAUUGGUGCGGAGAAACCAACCAACACUCUCAUGGAAGGCAUCGGUGGCCCAAGGGCUCUUCAGAACAUAUGUUUUGUUGAAAAACCAAACAAGCAAAGCAAUGCAAAGGCUAAACUAUAG